AUGCAGGUGAGGUCUGCUAAGCGUGUGAGUACAUACAUAUGCUCUGCUUGUCGGGUGGCAAGGCGGAGCGGCCUGAAGAGAUACGCCUCGACCUCACCUGACAUCUAUGAUGUUGUCGCUGUUGGUGGUGGUCCAGCUGGACUCGCGCUUCUGAUGGCAUUGAAAUCGUCACCGAAGACCAGCCAUUUGAAGACCGCCCUGAUCGAGACCCAGGAUCUGGCCAAGCAAUCUCAAUGGACACUCCCAUCUCAACAGUACUCAAAUCGGGCAAGCAGCUUGACGCCCUCUUCUGUCGAGUUUUUAGAGAAUUCUGGCGCCUGGGCCCACGUCGAUCCAGAUCGCACUCAACCCUACAACGCGAUGCAAGUCUGGGAUGCUAGCAACGACGCCUCCAUACAAUUCGACUGGAAGGCCGACGCACAGCGCUACAAUGCUUCCCCGAGAAGUGUAGCCACCAUGACCGAGAAUGCUAACCUGACAGCCGGCUUGUUGAAGCGCAUUGAAGAACUUGGAGCCCUUGAUAGCCUGCUUUCCAACACCAAAGUUUCCUCAAUUCAGAUGGGCGAGGAUGACUCAGAGGGGCUAGACCUUUCCAACUGGCCAGUAUUGUCUCUGCAAUCCUCCUCCGACAGUUCAGACCUUUCCCGAAUUGCGGCUCGACUAUUGGUAGGAGCUGACGGAUUCAACAGCCCGGUGAGGGCGUUUGCCGGCAUCAAUUCUCACGGCUGGGAUUACAAUCGACAUGGUGUCGUUGCAACCAUAAAAGUCGCCAAUUCAGAAGUUCUGCAAGACGCUGGCGCAGUAGUCGCCUAUCAGCGCUUCCUACCAAAGCUAGGAGGCCCUAUUGCCAUUCUCCCUCUGCCUAAUGGCCACGCUUCUUUGGUGUGGUCAACAACCCCUGCAAACGCCGCAUUUUUGAAGUCACUGUCUGCAGAAGAAUUUGUGGCUAUGGUCAAUGCUGCCUUGCUGCUUGAGCAGACUGACUUGACCUUUAUGCUCAACAAAGACAAUGGGUCCACGAUCACGCUUCUGGACGAAUUUCAAUGGAGAGAAAAACAUGUCGUGGGCCAACACGGGCUGACGUUGCUGCCCCGAGUUCUGUCAGUGCAGGAAAAUUCCGUGGCAUCCUUUCCGCUCCGGUUCCGCCAUGCGACAACACUGACUGGUCCACGGAUCGCACUUAUUGGCGAUGCUGCGCACACAGUCCACCCACUCGCUGGCCAAGGUCUGAAUCUCGGACUGGCGGAUGCCAGAUCUCUCGCGGAGACGGUCGCAUACUGCGUGGAGCACGGCAUGGACAUAGGCGACAGUAUGGCGUUGGAACGCUACGGCGGCGACCGAUUCGGGAAGGGACUUCUUAUGUGUGGAGGCGUGGACGCGCUGAAUUGGAUGUACCAGCUUGGCACAGGCGAUGGCAUCAUGUCAAAUGUGGUGAGCGGUGCUCGUGGUUUGGGCAUGAAGUUCUUCGGGAGUGGUUUUGCCGAACAGACUGGUUUGAAGGGCCGGAUCAUGAAAUUAGCGGAGGGAAGCUAG